AUGAGAGAUUUUGCUAGAGACGAAUCCUCUGUUUUGUUUACUUGCUGUGUACUGAUUGAUCUUAAGCCUAUGACUAUUGGAAAAUUCCCAAAGAACCUAAAUUUUAGCCUCCGUAGCCAUUCUAUAAAUAGAAAUGAAGAUUAUAUUCAUGGAAUAGAGGUUUUACAGAGAUGGACAUGCCUCUUUCCCCCACCCCUACCCCCAUCCCCCAAGUUCUUAACUAAAGAAGUAUUUUCAGUGCUUGCAUUAUGUUUGGAAAUUCUAAAUCAUUUCUUGAAUAAAGAGCAUGUACACUUCUCACGGUUAUUUCUCCUCUUCGCUCGGUAUUCCUGCGGCGCCCUUACAAGACUCUUACUCCUUCCAGCAGUCGGACUUGACUUACAGAUGAAAACUGAGUGCAGCUGA